CUAACAGCAGCCGUUAACGAUCUCAGUGCGCCAACUUUAACAACGACAGCAGAAACAUGCUCGCCACACAGCAGCAGCAGCAACAGCAGCAGCAACAACAACAACAGCAACAAUCGCACACAGCAUCAGCAACUGCAGCAGCAGCAACACAUGAGGAUGCUCGGGAUUUGGGUUUAAUGGAGACACGACAACGUCGCGAUUCGAGCACCUCAGAAUCCUCGCUGGAGCAUUUGGAUUUGGGUCGCACGCCCAAAAAGUUGAGCAGCAGCAGCGGCGCACCGCAGCCGACGUCGACGCCGCACGACACAGCAGUGACAGCGACGUCGCGCAAGCGUAAACUGCGACAGCAACACCACCAGCAGCAACAGUUGCCACUCUCCGAUGAGGAGCAACAGCAGCAACAGCAACAGCAGCAGCAGCUGUUGGAUUCAUCAGCGCAGCGACCGCGUCACAAGCAGCGACGCAGCGCCGUUGCUGCCGCUGCCAGCGCCAGCAUCGUUGUCGACUACAGCGCCAGCGGCGACGCCAGCUCGCUGCGCAAAAAGUUUCGGCUAAAUCGCAGCAGCGCCAGCAGCAAUGCCGCCAACGGUGAUUUAUCCGAAUCGGGCUUCGUUGAUGGCAGCGCCCUCAGUGGCUAUCUGCUUGGCAGCAACAACAACAACAACAAUAAUAAUAAUAACAACAACAACAAUAUCAGUAAUAGUAGCAGCAGCAGCGCAGUCGCUCAGUCAGCAUCAGCAGCAGCGUCGGCAGCGCAGCAUGCGCCAAGCGUUAGCAGCUCGGGCGGCUCCUCGCCACAGGGCCUCUCGAGCGCCGAGUCGGGCAUCGGUGCCGGUGAUGAGCACAUGAAAUAUCUGUGCCCCAUUUGCGAGGUCGUCUCGGCCACACCCCACGAAUUCACCAAUCACAUUCGCUGCCACAACUACGCCAACGGCGACACCGAGAACUUCACCUGCCGCAUCUGCUCCAAGGUACUGUCGUCGGCAUCCUCGCUGGACCGGCAUGUCCUGGUGCACACUGGAGAGCGUCCGUUCAACUGUCGCUAUUGCCACUUGAACUUCACAACCAAUGGGAACAUGCACCGACACAUGCGCACCCACAAGCAACAUCAGGCGUCACAGCAGCAGCAGCAACAGCAGCAGCAGCACUCGCAACAGCAGCAGUCCACACAACAGCAGCAACAGGCACAGUCGCAGCAACAACAGCAGCGACGCCAGCAACAUGCAGGUGGAACAGGAGCAGCUGGUUCGGUAUCGGGAUCAGCACAGUUGUUGACGACGCGAGCGGAGAGCUAUGAGAGUGAUGCCAGCUGCUCGACGGAUGUGUCCAGUGAGCUGAACAGUCACAGCAGCAACAGCAAUCAGUCCAACCACAACAACAACAACAAUAGCCACAAAACGAACAACAAUAAUAAUAACAACAACAACAACAACAACAAUGAGGAUGAGCUCGAGCUGGAGGAUGAGCAGCUAGUGCUGAGCAGCAAACAGCGACGCCACAAGGCAGCCCUAAACAACAACAAUAUAAUUAGGGAUGAGGAGCACGAGAAUCGGCCGGAUGAUGAUUCGGAUGUGGAUAGCGCUGAUAGCGUUGCCCAGGUGAUAACAAGCACACCGGAUGUGGCCACGCUACUCGCCUCGGGCGGCACCUCGCCCACCCACUCGAAUUCGGAAUCGCAUUCACCGCCGCUGCUGCUGCAGAGCUGCCCGGCCUGCAAUUCGGGUGAAUUUGAAUCUGUGCCAGCGUUGUGCGCCCAUCUGGAUGCCGAGCAUGCGGACAUACCGGCCAAGUGUCGCGAGUGUGAGGUGAUCUUUGCCACACAUCGACAGCUACAGGCGCACAGCUGUCGAGGACUGCCGCCGCUGCUUGGUGUGAGCUCAUCGCCACUGCACAAGCAGGAGGAGAGCGAACUGGAGGAGCAGCACCAGCAACAGCAGCAGCACGAGGAGGACCACGAGCAGCAGCAGCACAAGCAGGAGGAACAGGAGCAGGCUGAACAGCGCGAAUGCGAAGAUUUCUUCCAGCAGCUGUAUCUGAAGAAUAAAUCGUCAGCAACGCUGCUUCCCUCACCGAUCAAACAUGAGCCGGCGGAUCAGCGACAGGAUCUGGCCGAUAUUCAAAGCAUACUCAACAUGACCAGUUCCAGCUGCACCUCGAGUUUCCUGCGCAAUUUCGAGCAGUCGGUGAACACGCCCUGCUCCAGCCAAUAUAGCGUCGAUGGACGCGAUGGCGAGGAGGAGGCCCAGGAUGCCUUCACCAAUGAAUUUCGUCGCAUGAAACUGCGCGGUGAAUUCCCCUGCAAGCUGUGCACCGCCGUCUUUCCCAAUCUGCGGGCACUCAAGGGCCACAAUCGCUACCAUCUGUCGGAGGUGGGCGCCGCCGGUCCAUUCCGUUGCAACAUGUGUCCCUAUGCCGUCUGCGACAAGGCGGCGCUCGUGCGGCACAUGCGCACCCACAACGGUGAUCGGCCCUACGAGUGCGCCGUCUGCAAUUAUGCGUUCACCACCAAGGCGAACUGUGAGCGACAUUUGCGCAAUCGACAUGGCAAGACCAGUCGCGAGGAUGUGAAACGUGCGAUUGUCUAUCAUCCGGCCGAGGAUGCCAGCUGCGAGGAGAACAAAUCGCGGACCGAGGCCGAUAUCCUGACGGAGUUGAGCGGCUAUCGUUGUGCAACACCCACGGAGCACAGCUCCUCGGCUAGCUCCUCGUCACAGCUGAAGCACAUGUUGCUGGCGGAGCCGACGCCGUCCGUAAAGGUAGCUGCAACAACAGCUGCAGCUGCAGCAGCAGCAACAACAACAACAUCGCUGCCACAACAACCGCUCAAGAUUCAGGUGAAGAGCUUGGAUCAGCUGGUGGAUAAGCCACUGCCAGCACUCGAUCUCAGCAUGGAUGCGCUCGACCUGAGCAAGAAGCCCGCCCAGCUGCUGGCCGAGCAACGGGAGCAAAGGGAGCAGCUCGAAAGACACGAAUUGCUGCUGCAGCAGCAGCAACAGCAGCAGCAACAACAACAGCAGCAACAGCAGCAGCAGCAGCAACAAUUGUUUGGGGCUGGCGAUGCAGCUGCUCAGUAUAUGCAACAGUUGUUGCGCAGCUUCAUGCUCCAGCAAUCACCUGGUUUUCCUUUCUUUGGUUUUAUGGCGCCACCGCCACCAACAACGGCAGCGGCAGUAGCAGCAGCAGCAGCAACAGCAGCAGACAAGUCAAUGACAACAAAUACAACAGCAGCAGCAGCCGGCGCAACAGCAGCAACAAUUGCUGCAAUGCCACUGUCGCUGCCAGUGCCACUGCCCGCUGGUGGUCCCGUCAAGAUGGUCAUCAAGAAUGGCGUCCUGAUGCCAAAGCAGAAGCAGCGCCGCUAUCGCACCGAGCGUCCAUUUGCCUGCGAGCAUUGCUCGGCCCGCUUCACCCUGCGCUCCAACAUGGAGCGGCACGUGAAGCAGCAGCAUCCACAGUUCUAUGCGCAGCGCCAGCGACACCGCAGCGGUCAUCAUGUGAUGCGUGAACGGGCUGCAUCCUCGAGUGCUGCCCAAGCGGCAGCCGCUGCUCAGGCAGCAGCAGCAGCCGCCGCCGCCGCAGCAAUGAGUAAUCUCAGCCAGCAGCAACAGUUGCAGCAGCAACAGCAACAGUUGCAGCAUUCGCAUUCACAUCACGUCCAUGCGCCAAUCUCGGAGCAGGUGAAAUAUGCAAUAUUGGCGCAGCAAUUGAAGGCGCGCAAGGAUACCGAUUUGUUGCAACAGGCACUGGCACAUGGCUCCAGCAGUGUUGUCGCCAAUCCGCUGUUGCAUUUUAGCUACAACAACAACAAUGGCAACGGCAACGGCAACAGCAUCAGCAGCAGCAAGCAGCAGCAACAACAGUUGUGCAACAACACUGGCAACUCUUUGGUGCUGGACGACGAUGAGCCGCCCAAGCUGAUCAUUGACGAGGAUGACGAGGAUGUGGAUGGCGAGGACGAUGAGGAUGAGGAGGAGGAGCAGGAAUUUGAUGUUGAUGAGGAGGAGCAGGAGGAUGAAGAGAUGGACUUGGACGAUGAGCAUCAGCAGCAGCCGCACGAGGAGGAUGACGAAUUGCAGCCAACCAAGGACAAGCUGCAAUCCAAGCCAAUUGAGGCGGCCAAAAAGGUAGCGGAAACCAUAUUGGAGCAGGCAAUCAAAGAGCGCGAGGAGAAAGCCGCCGAAAAGCAGCCGCAUCCUCAAUCGGAGUCAAUUGGCGGCAAUAAGCCGGCGACGCCAACCACAAUGAAAACGAUGAUUGCACAAGCUGAAUCGGUGGCCAAGUCCUUGAAGGAGGUGGCCAGUUCACCGUUCAAGGAUGAAUCUCAGGAUCUGGUGCCGGUCGCCAAACUGGUGGACAAUGCGACCAGCAAUCAGGUGUCGUUCAACAGCUAUUUCCGUCCCAGCGACGUCGCCAAUCACAUGGAGCAGAGCGACGAGGAGGGUCUCGUUGCCAGCGGCAGCGCCAGCGAGAGCAACAAUUCCGGCACCGAGGAUGUGACCAGCAGCAGCAGCAGCUGCGGCAAUGACACCAAAAAGAAAUCCGCCUACAGCCUGGCACCGAACCGUGUCAGCUGCCCGUAUUGCCAGCGCAUGUUCCCCUGGAGCAGCUCGCUGCGUCGCCACAUCCUGACGCACACCGGCCAGAAGCCGUUCAAGUGCUCCCACUGCCCGCUGCUGUUUACCACGAAGAGCAACUGCGAUCGCCAUCUGUUGCGCAAGCAUGGCAACGUUGAGUCCGCCAUGUCCGUCUAUGUGCCCACCGAGGAUGUCAGCGAACCGAUACCCGUGCCCAAGUCCGUCGAGGAGAUUGAGCUCGAGGAGCAGCGACGUCGCCAGGCGGCCGAAGCCGAACAGGCCGAGCGUGAGCAGCGCGAGCGCCAAAAGGAGCGCGAACGUGAACUGGAAUUGGAACGGGAACGUGAGCGGGAACACCAACAGUUGAUACAACAGUUGCGCCAACAAAUGGCUGCUGCUGCAGCGGCUGCUGUCGCUGUGGCCGCCGUUGCUGCACCAGCGCAUCCACCACCGCCAGACCAAUCGCCACCAGGCCUGGAGGCGAGCAGUGAUCUGCCCUACAAAUGCCAUCUGUGUGAGUUCUCAUUCGGCGAGCGGCUGCAGUGCCUCGAGCACAUCAAGCAGCUGCACGCCCACGAGUUCGCCCUGCUGCUGGCCAAGGGAGCCAUCGAAACGGAUGCCCAGCUGCAGCACCAACAGCAGCAGCAGCAGCAGCAACAGUUGCCAGCGACUGGUGGCGCUCCGCAUUCGGAUGAUGAGGCGGCUGCUGUCGGCACCAGAUCGGGCAAAUAUCCCGACUAUAGCAAUCGUAAAGUGAUUUGCGCAUUUUGCGUGCGUCGCUUCUGGUCAACGGAGGAUCUGCGGCGCCACAUGCGCACCCACUCCGGUGAGCGGCCAUUCCAGUGCGAGAUCUGCUUGAGGAAGUUCACAUUGAAGCACAGCAUGCUGCGACACAUGAAGAAGCACAGUGGACGCAGUCACAAUGGUGGCGAGCUCGAUCAUCAAUCCGAUUGCUCCGAAGAUGAGCAACUGUUGCCCUGCUCCCCACCCUCAACGCCAACGCCCACUAACAACAACAACAACAACAACAACAACACUUGCCAGAACAACAACAAUAAUAACAACAAUAACAACAACAAUAGCAAUAGCAAGCAGGUGCUGCGCGAGCUGCUGGGCAAGGCGAACGAGUGGCGAGUGAGUCGCCUGGGUGAGCACAAGGAGAACAUUGCCGAGGCAACAACAACACCCUCAGCAGCAACAGCAGCAGCGGCAGCAACAGCUGCAGCCGCAGCAGCAGCAGCAGCAGCAGCUGCUGUAGCCAGUGGCGAUCUAAUUGGUAAUCUGUUGGGGAUCAGUGAUCAGGGCAUACUAAACAAGCUGCUCUCCUCACCAGACGAAGCUGCCAAGCUGCUAGGCGUGGAGAAGUAAACUCAGCAAGAUAGCGAGAGAGAAACAGAGAGAGCGAGAGAGAGAGAGAGAGAUAGAUGGAGAGAGCUAGUCAAGUAUAUAUAUAUAUAUAUAUAUAUAUAUCACAACCAAGGAUGCCAGAUUUGUAAAACGGAUUAGCCAAUGGGUCAACUCAGUGUGGGGUCAAAACACAGCUCAGUAGUCGUAGUCAGUAGUCGAAAGUUAAGUUAAUGGAUAACAAAUACCGAUACAGUUUAAAUUCACCCCAAAUGCAGCAAAAGUAACGGGAGAUAACACAUUCUAUAUCCGUAAGACUUUUGCCGAUUUUUUCAUUUCACUGAAAAACACUGAAAAAGAAAUUCAUCUCAAAAUUCGUACUUCAAUUUAGUUCAAUUGUGUAACAUUUGAAAAUCGAUCUCUUCAAUCCGUCAGAUGUUCAAUAUACACUGUGAAAAUCUUCUAUACUUUUGCGGGGGCUAAACAAAAAUUAAAAAAAAACACAACUAAAAUAAAAUAAAGCUUAAGACAAAACCAACUUUAUGGGAAUUUAUCCCGAACUUAAACGUAAAUCAAUUUAAUCCUCUACCAAAACCCAAAAUGAAAUUCCAUAACAGAGGCCGUUCCACAAAACGUUAACGACUUUUGUCCGGAACGGCAUUUUGUUGAUGAGAAUUUUGAACUGUAUGCGAGCUAUCAUGUAUGUAUGUACCGUUAUAUACUACAUGCAGUUAUAUAUAUUUAUAUAUAUAUAUAUAUAUAUAUACGCUCGCCUUACAAAUACCAAAGCUUAAAUAGUGUUUUUUUCUUCAUCAAUCUAGUUACUGUAAACUCAAGUUUAAUAUUACAUAAUGCAAUUUUUUUUCUUUUAUAUAUAUAUAUUUUUUUUUGAUUAGUGUACUUAAGAACCAUUUUUUUUUUUUGUGUAUGUGUAAUUUGAGUAACGGUACAACCGAAAAUGUAACGAAACGAAACACAUUUGAAACUGAUGCAAAAACUGAAAUCGUGUUCCAAAUUCGCUAAUCGCAAAAAUU